UUCACACAUCUAUAAAGAGCAGCAUAAUUAAACUCUAGAGAUCUAGAGAGAGAGAGAGAGAGAUGGGGAGGCCUCCAUGUUGUGAAAAGAUAGGGAUCAAGGAAGGACCAUGGACUCCUGAAGAAGACAUCAUUCUUGUUUCUUACAUUCAAGAACAUGGUCCCGGAAACUGGAGAUCAGUUCCCACCAACACUGGGUUACUGAGAUGCAGCAAAAGCUGUAGACUGAGAUGGACAAAUUAUCUGAGACCUAGAAUCAAACGCGGAAACUUUACUCCUCAUGAGGAAGGAAUGAUCAUUCACUUACAAGCCUUAUUGGGUAACAAAUGGGCAUCCAUAGCUUCGUAUCUACCACAAAGAACAGACAAUAACUAUUGGAACACCCAUCUGAAGAAGAAUCUCAACAAGUCCGAGAGUGAAGAGAGAAGCAUUUCAGAAAACAUGGCGUUGCAAACUUCAGCCACAAGAAACACCAUUAAUCAUAGAUCUACUACAUAUGCUUCAAGCACCGAAAACAUUUCUCGCCUUCUUGAAGGUUCGAUGAGAGCAUCCCCUAAGAGUAGCACGGCUAAUUUCUUGGAAGAAAAAAUGCAAAAAGGAACGACCAAUCUCAUUGAUGAUCAUGAGAAUCAGUUUCCAUGCGAGCAUGUACAAGGUUCUUGGGAAGAGGAUCAGAGCAAAACAAUCAAUGGGGAUGAUGAUCAUGGAUUCCUUGUUCAUCCAAAGGAGUCAGAGAAAAACGUUAGCUGCGAUCAUGAUGUCCAAGAAGAUGGUGAUGGUGUUGAUGAUGAUCAUAAAAAUGCUACUCCACCAUUGACAUUUAUUGAGAAAUGGCUUUUGGAGGAGACAAGUACUGGGGUUCAAAUGGAGGAGAUGAGUCACUUGAUGGAACUCUCUAACAUGCUGUAAUAUUAAUGGUCACCCUC